AUGACCGCCUCGCUGUCCAACACCAUGCUCCUGUCCCAAGUGGUCUUGGGCGCGGCGCUCACGGCCCUCGGCGCCUCUGAGUCCUCACACGUCCUCAUCACGGUGUUCGGGGCCAUGAACACCAUCAUCGCCGGCCUUGUCGCGUACCUCAAAUCGCGUGGCCAACCCAUGCGUGCACGCAUGUACCGUGACGACCUGGAACGAGUCGUCGACGAGAUCGAGAACUCCGAAAUCAUGUGGCUAGGCAUCUCGCGCGGGCGUGCAUGGCGGGCUGUGCGAAAUAACACCGUCAAUAAUCCGGACAUGUACAUGGCUGGGGCCGGGAAUGAAGGGUACAGCGCGACUCUGAGAUCUAGGCCAGCGGGCGGCGCACAAGGCAACAUGCCUCUGCCCAUUGCGGGGAGUCCACAACCUGUCAUGGCCGCACCGGUAGUCGGGGUCGAUCCCGGACCGCCAGGGCCUAAGAGUGCGGUUCUGACGCAGCAACCGCAGGCGCCGGAUCUAGACGAGAGUCCUGUGACGGCGAAACCGACGUCGAAGGAGGAGCAGAAGGAGGAGCCGAAGAAGGAAGAGGAGAAAGCCGAGGAAGAUGGAGACGCGAAAGGGACCGUAAAGGGAAAAGAGAAACAUAACGAAAAGGAGAAGGAUGGGAAGAAAGAUGAACCAUCUCCUUCUAAUUUUACUUCGGACGGACCCGCGAGCAAAGCAGACGCCGGAACCAGUGGCACCUCGUCGAACCCCCCGCUGCCACAACAGAAACACGAUCCCGAUGCAGAGCCGGCGAGUGAUCCGAAUGUACCGCUUAAGAAAGACUCCAUGGAUGGUGAGAGUUGA